CCCACGCAGAGACGGAAAGAGAGAAAAGCAGCUGCUCAGACGCGGAGGGAAAGCUCGGUGCGCGCAGCGGCUCCUCCGGACACGAUGCCUCCGCUCGGCAGGUCGUGGCUUCUGCUCUCCGGCUUCGUCCUCUUCUACGUGAUCUACCUGCUGUUCGGGGCGCUGGUCUUCUCCAGCAUCGAGCGGCCGGUGGAGGAGACGCUGCGCCGCGACAUGCGGCUCCUGAAGGAGGAGUUCCUGAACCGCAGCUGCGUCAACGCCGCGUCCCUCGACCGCUUUCUGCUCCAAGUGCUGCGGGCCAACAAGUACGGCGUCUCCGUCCUCAGGAACUCCUCCUCGUCCUCCAACUGGGACCUGGCAUCCUCCAUGUUCUUCGCCAACACCCUGGUCACCACUGUAGGUUACGGUCACACGUCUCCCCUCUCCGACGCUGGGAAGGCUUUCUCCAUCUUCUACGCCCUGUUGGGCGUCCCCUUCACCAUGCUGGUGCUGACGGCCUGCGUGCAGAGGCUCAUGUACCCGCUGGUCGUGGUGCCGGUCGGCCUCCUGCAGCGCACGGGCCUGAAGCCCCGGCCCGCCACCGCCCUGCACUUCGCGCUGCUGCUGGUCCUGGUGGUGCUGUGCUUCUUCCUGGCGCCGGCGGCCGUCUUCCGCGUGCUGGAGGCCUCCUGGACCUUCCUGGAUGGCGUCUACUUCUGCUUCAUCUCGCUGUGCACCAUCGGCCUCGGGGACUUCGUGCCGGCGGCGCAGGCCGGACAGAAGAACAGAGCGCUCUAUCAGGUUUCCGUGAUGGUCUACCUGUUUGUGGGUCUGAUGAUGAUGUACCUCCUGCUGCGAUCCUUCCACAAGAUGGCCGACGUGCACGGCCUGACCACCCUACUGCAGCUGCCGCGCUGCGAGGAGUCCGACCUGGACGACGACAGGGAGCAGAUGGUGGACGACGACCUCAGGCCGUCUCGCCGGAAAGACAAAGCCGCCAGCAAGCCCCUGGACCCGGCGUCGCAGCAGUCGUACAACACCAUCAACAAAGGCUGAGCCGCAGCAGAAUCGGUGGGCUGAAUCUGAACUCUUCUUUAAAACUCAUUUAUUUUUUUUAAUCUCAUGAGAUGCCUUGAAAGGAGACGUAAUGAGGAAUUGAGAUGAGUUUUAAGAUUCAGCCUGUGAGAGCACCAACGGUUCGACGGUAGCAACCUCCCUGAACUUUAUAUAAAAUUUAAAAAAAAAAAAAAAAAAACAGCACAGAUGUUUUACCUCUUCUACACUGGUGUAACUGUGGUGUGUUUACAGCCUCAGGAAUGCACGUGACGGGUUUGGGCCAAAAAAAGAAUUGGAUUCGUGAUUCCAGACCAUUUUGUGUGUCUGUGGUUUUUGUGCCACAAAUGUGGGACUUAACAAGUAUUGUCUUAAUGGAAAGUGUUUUAUGUGGGUGCGUUGUUCAGCCUCAUUCCUGACCGUCCAGUCAUAUUUAUAACGAGGAUCAGUCCAUUACAUUUGCACUGGUUUAAUGCAUCUCAACGGUAUGAUCACCACGGCAGCGACGUUUCUUUACCAAACGUAAACUCGUAGGGAGAACUUCAGACGAUGCAUCAAUUUCCUGUAUGACAGCAGUUGGUGGUGGGUUUUUGGUUUUUCCUCACCUGGGUCAGCCUUGAAGAGCCAAAUAACAGACCAGUGUUGGCGUCGGGGCUGUCCUGUGGACCGGUGCUGCCCCCUGGUGUCCGCGGGUAUUUAUUACAAGAAGUUAACAGCGUUAAUUCUCCAAGAAAGGUUUAAAAGGGUCCAAAUUAAACAGUGAAAGGAAGAAAAUGAGAAUAAAUUUAAGUUUUGAUCGAGAGUGUAAUUGAUUUUUAAUCUAAAACCAAAGUCAAACACAGCCUGCUCUGCAUCUGUGGGUUACGAGAGAACUUGAGAAGCACUUUAAUAGUAUAAGGUUUGCAAACAUCAAAGUAAACAAUUAACAGGAUCCAUCUUUGAUACUGUAAAAUUAUGUCCAUGUUUGUUUUGUAACAUUAAUUUAACAUGUUUGUGCUAGACAAUCGUAUAUGAAUAAAAGUUGUUGCCUUGUACCAAA